CUGAAACAAACCAUGUCAGAUUCUGACGGUGAAGAAUCAAAACCAGCCCAAAUGGAGUCCAUGGCAGAUCUGGCAACACAAUUUGCCGAAUUUCUGAAAUUCAUGGAAAACAAAUCAGGAAGCAGAUCAGGAAACAAAUCAGAAAACUCCACAAAGCAAGAGUCAACCCAAGUAGAAUUUUUGGGGGAUAUAAAGGUGGAAACCAAACUCAAUGGGGAUAAUUAUUCCCUCUGGGCCAAUCUGAUGGAGAGAGCCAUAGGCGGAAGAGGACUGACUUCUCACAUUUCUGGAGUUUCAAAUCCUCCUCCGUCCGACGACCCCGGCUACUCAAAAUGGCAGCAACGGGAUCACUGCUGUUUUAAUUGGAUCAUCAGCAAUCUGGAAACAAGCUUGGUGAAUGAAGUAUCGCAAUACAAAACUGCUAAAGACCUAUGGGAAGGCCUGGCAAUAACAUAUGGAAGUGGAGCAGAUCCAUUUCAAGUGCAUGACCUGCACAGACAAGCAAUGGCAAUGAAGCAAGGAGAAAUGAGCCUGGAAGCCCUCUGGAACAAAUUUCAAGAUUUGUGGCUGUCUAUUGAUACCAGGGAUCCAAAUCCUAUGGAUAGUCCAAAGAGCAUUGACAAGUAUAACAAGGUAACUCAAAGACACAGACUUUAUCAAUUCAUAUGGGCCCUAGAUGAAAAAUACGACAAAAUCAGAAGAGAAAUACUCAACCAAGAUCCUUUACCAAGUGUUCGCAAAGCUUACGGAAUGGUAAGAAGAGAGGCAGUUAAUGAGAAGGUGCUCAAACCAGAACCCGAGCCUGCCGGAAUCGCCGCUGGACUUGGCGCCUUCGAUCGGAGCCGACCAUUCCCACCACCAAUAAAAUUCCCACCAAGUCGGAGACAGGAUGAAGACAAGAGCAAGCUUGUUUGCUCACACUGUGGAGGAAAGAAACACACACAUGAAACGUGCUUCCACCUCCACGGAUAUCCCGAAUGGUGGCUAGAAAUGAAGAAAGCUCGACAAAAUGGCAAAUGUGGCGGCGGAGGAGGCGGCGCCAGUGGCGGAAAUGGAAGGGCAGCAGCGGCAAUUGUGGUAGGAGGCGACAGAGCCACCUACACCGAAGGAACGGUGAGCGGCGUCAGCAACUCCACAGGCGGCGGCGGCAACUCCAUCACACCGCCGCCACAAUUCCCAAACGGCGGCGGUGCCGGUGGCGGUACAGGCGGCAACGGCGUCACAAACCCGAUUAACAUCGCCAAGGCAUCAAUCGCCACCACCAAAAACUGGACGGAAGGAUAUCAAAACGGGGACGAUAGUUGGGCGUGGCACUGAGAGGAAUGGACUGUACUACGUGGAUGAGAUAGCCCAACAAAGUACUGCAAUGUUGACUCGCGGAGUAACUGACAGACAGAUUUGGCUCUUGCAUCGCCGGUUAGGGCAUCCAUCUAUAGGAUAUCUCCGCUUACUUUUUCCUGAGUUAGUGUCUUCUUCGUAUGUGUUAAAUUGUGAGACUUGUGUGUUGGCUAAAAGCCAUAGACAUUCCUUCAAAUUAAACAACACUAGAGAAAAAACUCUGUUUUCUUUAAUUCA